AUGGCCCCCACACGCCAUGCUUUCUUUUGCAGCGACAUCUUCGACGCCAUGUUCCCCGUCACACACAUCGCCGGGGAGACUGUCAUACAGCAAGGGGACGAAGGGGACAACUUCUACGUGAUCGACCAGGGAGAGGUGGACGUGUACGUGAACGGAGAGUGGGUGACCAGCAUCAGUGAAGGCGGGAGCUUUGGGGAGCUGGCCCUCAUCUAUGGCACCCCCAGGGCAGCGACCGUGAAGGCCAAGACGGACCUCAAGCUCUGGGGCAUUGACCGGGACAGCUACCGGCGGAUCCUCAUGGGCAGCACGCUGAGGAAGCGCAGGAUGUACGAGGAGUUUCUCAGCAAGGUCUCCAUCCUGGCAUCCCUGGAGAAGUGGGAGCGUCUGACGGUGGCCGAUGCCCUGGAGCCUGUGAGGUUUGAAGAUGGAGAGAAGAUUGUGGUCCAGGGUCAGCCCGGGGACGACUUCUUCAUCAUCACGGAGGGCGCAGCUUCGGUCCUGCAGCGCCGGUCCCCCAGCGAGGAGUAUGUGGAGGUCGGGCGCCUCGGGCCCUCUGACUACUUCGGGGAGAUCGCGCUUCUCCUGAAUCGGCCCCGGGCAGCCACGGUGGUGGCGCGGGGGCCCCUCAAGUGCGUGAAGCUGGACCGGCCCCGCUUUGAGCGCGUGCUGGGGCCCUGCUCCGAGAUCCUCAAGAGGAACAUCCGGCGCUACAACAGUUUCAUCUCGCUCACCGUCUGAGCGCCCCCCGCCCUCCGGGAAUAAGCGCGGUGCCUCCCGGAAGGCAGCCCUCUCCCCGCCUCCCUGCCCCGACCCCCUCGAGGCCCCUCUCAGGGAGCCCGCCCCCCACCCCGUCUCCUGCGGCGCCGGCAGCUCCCUGGCCCAGGCCUGGCGACGUGACGCCGCUGGGCUGCAGUUGGUCUGGGGCGAUGACGUCCCUGUUCUUGGAGCUGGAAGCUGAGGCUGCAAAACUCAAGCCCCUCCCUCAGACGUGUGCCUCCCCCGGGUCCCUCAAGAUGCCAGAGCUGGAGAGGCUCUGGUGGCUUCAGCCAGGCUUGGCCUCGGAGCAGGGUGUGGGGUGGUGAACUUCCCCUCUUCCGGAAAGCCCGGCACACCGGCCAGUUUGCCUGACCAUCAGGGCGGGGGCUGUCUCCCUGGGCCAGGAUGCCCAGCAGGGAAGGCCCCGGUGUUUGAGUCUGGGGCUUCCCCAGGCAUGGGAGGCCUGCCCCCACUGCUCCACAAAGCAGCCUCUUGGAGACUUGGAGGGGGUGCAGGGACCUUCUGAGCACCUUCUGGACGCAGCUGUGAGCCACCUUCCCGCAGACAGGCCUCCGCUACCGGGAGCAUCGCCCUGGGAAGGCGGGUGUCCGAGCCUCUCCCCGAGCAGGAGCGUGUGUCAGGCCAACCCACGGCUCGCACACCUAGGUCAUCCAUCGACUGACUGCCCCCCGGAAGUGCCGUCGGGCCUGCUCCCAGUGGAGCGGGAGCGGCCGGGGCCUGUGCGCAUGGGUGACCUGAAGUGCCAGCGAGACGCCGUGCGGCCUGGGGAGCUGCCCAGGCUAAGGGGACCCCUGCUUUGCCUCUGAGUGUCUCUGUGGUGUGUGAGCCCUACCCUGUUCAUCACGAUGUUCCGAAUGCCGCAUGUGUUAUUAAAUGCGUAGUGAAGUUCA